AAAGACAAUAUUUCCAAUGGCCAAAACCAAAAAUGUUCUGUCUCCCAAACUUUCUCUCAUCCUUCUUAAUAUUUUCAUCAUAGCCACCAUCGCAGCCGUAGCCAACGCCGGUAGCAAUGAUUUGGGUUCUCGGUCGUCCAAAACCAGGCGUCCCUGGCCCUUCAAGAAGCUCAACAAAUCGGUGGUUUUAAUGAUUUCCAGCGACGGUUUCCGUUUCGGUUACCAAUUUAAAACCGACACACCAAAUAUCGACCUUCUCAUAUCCGGAGGAACCGAGGCCAAAAGCGGUUUAAUCCCGGUUUUCCCCACCAUGACGUUCCCAAACCACUACUCUAUCGCAACCGGACUCUACCCGGCUUACCACGGUAUAAUCAUGAACACGUUUACCGAUCCGGUUACUGGAGAUGUGUUCAACAAAGGUUUACAACCAAAAUGGUGGUUAGGUGAGCCGCUAUGGGUAACCGCAGUAAACCAAGGUCUCAAGGCUGUGACUUACUUUUGGCCAGGCUCUGAAGUUCCCAAAGGUUCUUGGACUUGCCCUAAAAGAUACUGUCCACGUUUCAAUAAUUCGGUUCCUUUAGAAGAAAGGGUCGAUUCGGUCUUGAGCCAUUUCGAUCACCCUGAGGACGAAAUUCCUGAUUUGCUGAUGUUGUAUUUCAAUGAGCCGGACAAAGCAGGUCAUAACUAUGGUCCUGACGAUCCUCGGCUUACAAAUGCGGUUUCGAGGAUUGAUAAAAUGAUUGGUAGGGUGAUAGAGGGGCUUAAGAAGAGAGAGAUAUUUGAUGAGGUGCAUGUGAUACUGCUUGGUGAUCACGGAAUGGUGACCAACUGCGAAUGUAACGAGAAAGCGAUUUACACUGAUGACUUGGCGGAUUGGAUCAAGAUACCUGCGGCUUGGAUCCAAUCUUACAGCCCAGUGCUAGCAAUUAAUCCACUGUGGGGGGAAAAUGUCGAGAAUCAAGGCGAAAAGAACGCGGAAGUCGUGGCAAAGAUGAACGAAGCUUUGAGCUCAGGGAAAGUAAAAAACGGAGAUUUUUUGAAGGUUUACUUGAAGGAGAAGUUACCGGAAAGACUGCAUUAUUCCGAGAGCUAUCGGAUUCCACCAAUCAUAGGAAUGGUCGGAGAAGGUCUAAUGGUGAGACAGAAUAGAACAAAUUCUCAAGAAUGCUACGGAGACCAUGGUUUCGACAACAAGUUCUUCUCAAUGAGGACUAUUUUUGUCGGACAUGGUUCUAGGUUUAGGAGAGGAAAGAAAGUGCCAUCGUUUGAGAAUGUGCAGAUCUAUAGCGUCGUUGCAGAUAUUCUUGGACUCCGACCAGCUCCGAACAAUGGUUCUUCUUUGUUCCCUCUGAGCCUUCUCUUGCCUUUCGGAGCAACAAGGGAAAUAGAAUAUGAAGUCUAAUAUCCCUUAGCUCAUGAGAGCACUCAUGAAUAGUAAAUAAGCUGAUAUUAUGCGAGUGACUAAUGUAUGUGUUUUAUCAUUUUGUAUGAUGGAUGUGUAGUAACUAAAAAAAAGGACUAAAACCAUUCACUAUUU